CCAGCUUUUGUUCAGUUAUAAUGGCAUGAUAUGAAAAAUUUAUUUAUCAAUUUUUGGAAAUUUCUCAAGUUUGCGGAGCAAUUACUCUUCAAAAUAAUGUUUUUGGCGGUUGAAAAAAAUGGGGAACAAGUUCCGGAAAACGCUAGUUUUGAUUAUUUGAGGAUCAAAGGGGACAAUACUUUGAUGAGAAACUUUUCAUUGAUGGAUCUUCCUGCAGUUUGCGAUGAAUUAGAAGGUGUGAUAAAUUAUCUUAAGAGUGCAACUAAUCUGGAGUAUUUUUUAUACGAUUAUCCGGGAAUGCUUGAGGUGCGUCUGACAGACAAUGUCCUAGAGCUUCAGAGUUUGUUGAGAGAAAUAAAAAGUGUGCAUAUGAAUAUUCUCCAGCAGCAUCAGCAACAGAUGUUGUUUUUCAAAGAAAAAAUUUCCUUGAAAAAAACUCUCAAGAAAUUAAAAGAAAAUGAAAUUCGUGAAAUGGAGACAGUGGCUUCUCUGUUCGACAAAACGAUGUUUACCCACUGGGAAAAAAUCAAAAGCACUCGCAAGCCAGAAGUCCUGGAGCAAUUUCUCUCAGAUGUAAUGAGUAAACAAAUGGCCCUCGACAAUCUCAAUGUUUUGGCAACAAGAAAACUAACAAUUCUUCGGAAAUAUCCCAAGGGGAAGUGCAAUUACAGUACAAAUAAUGAGAGCAACAACAAUUUAUCAACAACAGAGAUCUCGAAAAUUCCAGUGCCUCCACCACUUCCGCCCCUCCCGGCAUGGAUGACGGUUAAUUACACAAGUUGCAAUCUUCCCGCUCUACCCGAGAAUUCCAGUAAUUUUAACAAUAUAAUUUUUACAAUUGAAUCAAUAGACGACGAAUUGGAUUGA